AUGAAAACGCUGAAUGAACACCUUAAAGCUGUCAACGGCAAGACCGUUCUGCUGAUAUUUUCAGGCUCAACCAUACCCAGUGACGAGUUCUUCAAGAUCAAGGACAUCAAGGAGUUCGUUGAAUUGGCUAGAAGAGCUGACAUCAAGUCUGCUGUCGUCAAGGUCAACAAGAAGACCAAGACUAACGGCAAGUCUUUCAAGCAGACCAAGUUCAAGGUCAGAGGUAAGAGAUACCAGUACACCUUGGUUGUUGACGACAUCUCCAAGGCCAAGAAGUUGCAGCAGUCUUUGCCUCCUACCUUGAAGAUCCAGUCUUUGUAA